AACAUGACGCAGAAAAUACAACAAGCUGAGAAGGCUUAAUCGUCAUUUUCUUAAAUCUCAAACGUAACUUAACAACAAAUCAAGUUGAUGAAGCUUUCUGAAUCUGAUUACAAUGGUCUAUAGCUACAUGUAACAAGUGCUACAGUACGAUGUCCGAAAUCCCAUCGUCACAGGAUCUCUCGCCGUGAAAAAGCAACUUUGAGUCGGAGUUCCGCGUGAAAUGAUGUCGUCUCCUCGUGGUUGGUCGGUGUCACUGUGGUGUUUGUUGCUGUGUUGUCACGCUGAAGCAUGGCGUGACACAUGCAUAAUCGGAUGUGAAUGUUCUGGAACGACCAUAGAAUGUCGACAUUUAGAUCGGAAAACGUUUCCUGCAGACCUCGAUCCAGACACAGAAAUCCUACGUAUCAGGGAUUCCAAGAUAUCGUACAUUCAGCAAAAUGCGUUGGCGAAAAUGCGCAAUCUUCGAGUACUGGAGAUAAGUUCAUCUGACAUCAUUUACAUACAGACCUGUGCAUUUGCAGAAGUGUCCAACUUCACUUCUAUAAAAUUUUCAAAAAACAAUAUUACAAAUGUAGUUCAGAAUGCUUUCGCUGUCGUUGCAAAUGUGAACGAGCUCGUGUUCGAGGAUUCGAGAGUAGAAACAAUAUCUACUCAAGCAUUCACGCAACUUCGAGACGUAAAGACUUUCAUUCUCAGUAAUCUCACCGUCAACAAACUUGAGCGGGAAGCAAUAGAUGAUGUAAGUGGUAUAUCGAAUUUCCAGAUUGAUUUCAAUAAGUUUGGUUACGUUGGACAAUCCCCGUUGAACAGUUUGUUUAACGUUACAUUAAACAUUAGCCAAAAUAUCUUCCCUAGCCACUGCGGCGUGGGAGAUGUACUCUCUGACCUUAUUCCAGAGACAAACGUUGUAAUACACUUCCAGAAUAACGUCAUUCAGUCAUGCGCGUGUAAUAUGAGCUUAAUUGGUGCACAACGAGCAUCGUUCAUCUCUAUGGACCAAAACACAUGUUCGGGACCACCGGAAAUAGCAGGUGAGCCUCUUCUUGAACUUGCGGACACGCCAUUUUGUCGCGCUACAGCGACCAAUAGAACAUCGCCCUUGUGGUGUCCUGUAACACGCCGGAUGUCUCUGCUUCAUAACUGUCAUGCCUUCGGAUCCCCUCUAAUCCCACAGGAGGAGGUCAAGGACCCGAGAUAUGACAAAGGUCAAAAUGACAACAAUGGGGCCCCAAACUGCAACCUUUCCUUAUUUUCUAUUUCAUGUUGGGUUUUUUUAUGCUUGUACUCCUGGAACUGACGUAUUCAAUGCGUAUACCGGACGUCAAACAAUUAGGUGUACUCACAGAUCCCGGCGCUGUCACAGUUAUCUUUGAAUUGUAUAGUCUUUUAUCCGUGACUAUUUUCUUUUAAUGAACGAUGACGUUUGAUCUGUUUUGCUGCUGACUUCCGAAUGGAUAAAAAAAGGUAUCGACAAAAAUAACAAUUAUUCAUAUGGCUAGAAUUCUAGAUAAACGAUUUUUAGACAAUAGAUUGAAUGUGGAAUAUUGGCAUGAACAAAGAAUCCUUCAAAACGACCCAAUAACUGAAAACUUCAGGUGAAGUGGCUUCUCUAAGGAGCAACACGCUCAAAUCGUAAUUACUGUACUCAACAGCCUAUAUGAUUGAGUGGGUAUUCAGUUAUCACGUUAUCUGCCCAUUGUGUGAUAGGAAUAUCAAUCAAAACUGGGUUACAUAUUACUGCGAUGAUUCAAACAAAACUUGAGGAUUCAUAAUCAAUAACACAUUUCCGGUAGGUCCGUACGUGUUUGGGAAAGUGUUGUUUAUCGACUUUGCUUUACAACUGUGAACCGAAUGUAUUUUGCUUCCGUUGUGUGUGAUAUACGUUAACAUGUAACCUAACUCAUUGUCAUGGUUGUAUCUAACAGUGACAAUGAUGAAAUUUUCCGAAAUCAAUUUUGGAGUAUAAAUCAAGUGUAAAUAAGUUGUUAGGCCAUAAUCAAACGUGCAUCACUCAAUUCAUUAUCUGUCAUGUCCCGGACAUGUAAUGAUUAGCCGAAUAGUAUCGUUUGCCGUGCCUGUCCGUCCGCAAUGUGGUAUGUUUCUCCGCCAGUCACGAUAUCAACAUAUGUAGGUCUCGCAUAAAGGCUUUGUCUACCAUGGAUGUAUUUUAGUUGCAAAGAAAUAGUGAAAAAAACAUGUUUAAAUCAAAUAUUGUUAUUUCCCAUUUUAGCAAGAAUGGACGUAUGGAAUUUUGACAAGACUCCGCCUUUGUGUGUGUGUUGUACAAUCUUUGACUUGUUUGCCUGCAAGGUAGAGGUAGAAGUAAACAUUCUUUAGUAUGUUGUCAUAAUUACAUCUACAAUGUGUAAUCGGUAAAAGAACCAAACCCAAUGCUUGCAUCAUAUGUUAUCAAGGAAAACACGGUCACUACUUUUACUGUAUAUGGAAAUGCAUGAUGUAUGUUAAUCAUACACAUCGCUAAAUACUGUUUAUAAACGUAGUUUCAAAUGUGGAAAGACAUCUUGCUGUUAUACAACAAGGUAUAUUUACUCCAUAAUAAGUAAACAGCGGCAUUCAUUCGAAAAUGUAUUGUUGUUGUGGACGUUGUCAAUGACGUCAUCGGUUGGAAUAUCGGUGUUGAUAAAUGUAACUGAUUAUUUUAACCAAUUUUGUUUUUAUAUGUAUAUAAAAUACCAAAAGAAUUCCUUUCCCAAAAAAAUCAAUAUCAAUUGUAUUAUAUAUUGGUUGAAAUAUGUAACAAAACAAAAGCUGUAUUGAUGGUGUUUCAAAGAAGGCGAUAAGUGGUUUUUUAAGAAAUUGCUGGCUGAAGUGUCACAAACCUUAUAUAAUCUGAGUGUGUUAUUAUUGUAUUAUGUAGGUACUAGUCCUGGCAAUGUCUAGAAAGUAUUGUAAUAAAUAUUAAUUAAUUAG